AUCCUCAAAAGAUCCACAGGAAAUGUAGAGAGCGAGAACGAUGAGCUCACAGCUACUGCACCCCACGCCCAUCCUCCCCAUUACAAACAGCAAAGCCCCGGCAACUCCCUUCAAAACAAGCCCCUCUUCAUCGCUCACUGUCUCUCACACUCUAUCACCAAGAACCCACAUUCCUUCUCAUGUCUAUAAGCACCCUGCAGCCCUUCUCCUUGAGCUCUGCACUUGCAUGAAAGAGCUCCACCAAAUUCUACCUCUCAUCAUCAAGAACGGCCUCUCCGAUGAGCAUCUGUUCCAAACCAAGCUCGUCAGUUUGUUCUGUAAGUACGGUAGCGUGAACGACGCUGCUCGCGUUUUCGAGCCCAUUGAGGAUAAACUCGACGCGCUUUAUCACACUAUGCUCAAAGGGUAUGCCAAGAACUCGUCAUUGAACAAUGCUGUGUCGUUUUUUUGUCGAAUGAAGUAUGAUGAAGUUGAGCCCGUGGUUUAUAAUUUCACUUAUUUGUUGAAAGUUUGCGGUGAUAAUACGGACCUUAGGAGGGGUAAGGAGAUUCAUGCACAGCUGAUAACUAGUGGGCAUUCGUCCAAUUUGUUUGCAAUGACUGGAGUGGUGAAUUUGUAUGCAAAGUGUAGGCAGAUCAAUGAAGCUUAUAAGAUGUUUGAUAGAAUGCCCGAAAGGGACUUAGUGUCUUGGAAUACGAUUAUUGCUGGAUAUGCACAAAACGGGUUGGCAAAAGUAGCGUUAGAGUUGGUUUUACAGAUGCAGGAGGAAGGACAAAAGCCUGAUUCAAUUACGAUGGUCACUAUCUUGCCUGCCGCUGCAGAUAUUGGGUCUUUGAGGAUUGGAAAGUUGAUUCAUGGCUAUGUUAUGAGAGCUGGGUUUGGAUCGCUUGUAAAUAUUUCUACUGCUUUGGUAGACAUGUACUCAAAAUGUAGUUCGGUGGGGAUUGCUCGGUUAAUCUUCGACAGGAUGAGACAAAGGACUGCUGUUUCGUGGAAUACCAUGAUUGAUGGGUAUGUACAAAGUGGGGAUCCUGAGGAAGCAAUGGCAAUUUUUCAGAGGAUGCUGGAUGAAGGAGUUGAACCAACCAAUGUUACUAUUAUGGAAACUUUACAUGCGUGUGCUGACUUGGGUGAUCUUGAGCGGGGAAAAUUCAUUCAUAAAUUAUUGGAUCAAUUGAAACUUGGAUCUGAUGUUUCUGUGAUGAACUCUUUGAUAUCCAUGUAUUCCAAAUGUAAGAGAGUUGAUCUUGCUGCUAAAGUAUUUGAAAACUUGCAGGGCAAAACCCUUGUCUCAUGGAAUGCCAUGAUAUUAGGUUAUGCUCAAAAUGGGCGGGUAAAUGAGGCUUUAAAUUACUUUUGUGAGAUGAAAUCACAAAAUAUAAAACCAGAUUCAUUUACCAUGGUAAGCGUUAUGCCUGCUCUUGCCGAGUUGUCAGUUACUCGACAAGCAAAGUGGAUGCAUGGACUCGUUAUAAGAACUUGCUUGGACAAAAAUGCCUUUGUGAUGACUGCUAUUGUCGACACGUAUGCUAAAUGUGGAGCUAUUCACAUCGCAAGAAAGCUCUUUGACAUGAUGGAAGAGCGGCAUGUGACAACAUGGAAUGCUAUGAUAGAUGGAUAUGGGACACACGGCCUUGGAAAAGCUGCUGUAGAACUGUUCUGUGAUAUGCAAAAGGGAACCGUCAAGCCAAAUGACAUAACUUUUCUGUGUGUUAUCUCUGCUUGCAGCCACUCAGGCUUGGUGGAAGAGGGACUCGGCUUCUUUUCCAGCAUGAAGGAAGAUUAUGGCUUAGUGCCCUCAAUGGAUCACUAUGGAGCUAUGGUUGACCUUCUUGGUCGAGCUGGAAAGCUCAAUGAAGCCUGGGAUUUCAUUCAAAAGAUGCCUAUUGAGCCUGGGAUUACCGUAUUUGGGGCUAUGUUGGGAGCCUGCAAAAUCCAUAAAAAUGUUGAGUUGGGGGAGAAGGCAGCAGACAAACUGUUCGAGUUAAACCCGGAUGAAGGUGGGUACCAUGUGCUGCUCUGUAAUAUAUAUGCCACAGCUUCAAUGUGGGACAAAAUGGCGAAAGUGAGAACCGUGAUGGAGAAGAGCGGGCUUCGGAAAACUCCUGGUUGCAGUUUAGUGGACUUGAGAAAUGAGGUUCAUAGUUUCCAUUCUGGAAGCACGAGCCAUCCCCAAUCCAAAAGAAUAUAUGCUUUUCUUGAGAAACUGGGAGAAGACAUCAGGGCUGCUGGCUAUGUGCCUGAUACCAAUUCAAUUCAUGAUGUGGAGGAUGACGUUAAGGUGCAGUUGCUCAAUAGUCAUAGUGAGAAGCUGGCUAUUGCCUUUGGACUCUUAAACACCCGUCCAGGCACAACCAUACACAUCCGAAAAAACCUACGAGUUUGUGGUGAUUGCCAUAAUGCGACCAAGUACAUUUCACUUGUAACCGGACGGGAAAUCAUAGUGCGUGAUAUGCAUCGGUUCCACCAUUUCAAAAAUGGAAUCUGCUCUUGUGGAGAUUAUUGGUGAAGUGGUCAAUGUACAUGUCUUGAUUCUUGAGAGUGGCUGUAACUGUACUAGCCGCCGCGGAAUGUUUACAAGGAACAGGGUCUUGUGAAGCAGAUAAAAGGAUGCUUGGAUGAAGUUUGGUUUUUCCAUAAUUUUCAAACGUCAUGAUAUCAUCCGGCUGUCAUGCCCAAAUAGUGCAAAUCAAUAUCUUAAGAACAGGAACAAAUAGAAGGUCUGGAAGUAGGCUGCAAAUUUGUCUAGCCAUACAACAAAAAUAAGGUACAUCUUGUCAUAUUUUGAUAUUUUUUAAUUCUUCAUAAGAUAACCAGACCAUUAUAGUCUUUAUGGAAAUCCUUGUAUCAAAAUUUAGUUUUUAGUUUUUAUUUUUUAUUUUUAAUUAUCAAG